CGACAGUGUUUAGGUGCGUAUCCACGUGUGCUGCUCUGUUUCGUUUAUCGGAUAGAAGGCGAGCAGCUGACCUUUGGUGGACUGGAGUUUGGGAAAAGUGUGAAUCGACUGAACUCCGAAAUGACUGCAGCAAAUGUGAAAGAGCCUUUAAACAUGGUGCACCAGAAUGCCAUACUGUGCGAAACUACGAGAAAGGAGAACAGGCAUCAAAAAUUAUACACGCAGUUCUUCAUCAACCCCUACACAAACAUCCAUUCCUUGACUGGGAAUCCGAUGUCAGUACACACUGCCGUGGAUGAAGAGGAGCCAAACUUUUUAAAAGUAAUCCACAGAAGCAGACAAGAGCCAAUGAAGAAGUACACACACCCACAGACAGAGAGCCAGGAGAUUGGCUGGAUUACAACCCCUCUGAUUGAUUCAGACCGCACUGACCGCAGGCUGAACUUCUAUCGGAAGAACACAGAACUCACCAAUUACAUGGAAGUUGCCUGGCGCCUGAAGGAACCGAUCUUUCGAUAGAUUCAUCAUCUCUCGUGCAAAGCAGUGCAUUGGCCUGCAGCAUGUGUUUUUAUUUUAAUAUAAAGAGGGGGACGGUUGAGACCCCCCCCCCAGCACUGUUUGCAUCCCAAACACCCAAAUCUCAUUUGAAAUAAAGAGUCCCAUUGGGGCAAAAGUGUGAACUUUCACUGUGUUUAUUUACACUUGGUUGGUACAUUUAAUAAAAAUGGAUUGAACAUGCAGUCAGAUUGUUUCAGCCACUUUACCUAGUCAAGAUUAUUUACUCAAAUAAGCAGUUGUGUGUCAGCUUUGAAUCGUACAGGCUUAUUUGUGAUGUCUGUACGUCUUCAAUCGAUAACCAACAUCAGCAUGGGCUUGCUCACUGCUUAUUCUGCACAGCCACGCCCUCUAGGCAGUUCUAAAGAAACAGGAUGGGAUCAGGGGCAGGGAAGUGAACUAGCCCUGAGCCUCCUCACCCUUCCUAGCAUUAAUCAAACAAACGCUAGACACUGGAGAGGACUGUGCUCAUUACUUUAACUAUGGACGCAGGACCGCAGAAACAAAGACAUGGGUGUGUGACCACUCGCUUUACCUUUUCUAACAAUACAUUACAAUGUAAUGUAGGGACUUUGCUAAUUGGGGGGGGGGGG